UGAACGAGACCUAUCGUAAUAUUUAUUGACUCGACAUGGGACGUCGAGCAAACAGCUGAGUUGCUGAUAACGCGCGUGACCUCUGGCCCGGAAGUUGUUGAACCAAACAGUUCGUGAUGGAAAACAAAGAAGUUGGGAUGUUGUGAGAGUCGAUAAGAAAGUGAAUUGUGGGUCAUAACGGCAUCAACAUGUAUUUGAUGCGCACAAAGAAGCAAUUAGAACAGGAGGAAAACAAAGAAUUACUAGAAAAAAGAGAAAGACUUUUGGAGAAACAGUUUGCAGAUGUUGGUAGGACCCAGGAUUCGGCUGCUGUGGCUAAUGCAGGAAAGAGUCCGACUAAGAAAAAUGUUCAAAGUGACCUAAAAGAUUUAAAAAUUGAAGAUUUGCCGGAUGGAGCCUGUUAUCGACCAAAAAGUGUUUUACAAUCGGAUGGAAAGGGCGAUACUGCUAUAAAAUCAGUGGAGUAUAUUGGGUCGUUUUCGGUGACCGGAGCAGACCCCAAUGAGAGGGCUGAAUGUGUCCAGAAACAGCUGGAACAGAUGAGGAAUUCUACAAAGAGCAAGAAGGUACUCCUGGUCAUCUCCUUGUCUGGGAUCAAGGUCUGCAGCAGUGAUGGAGAGAGUGUCUACAUGGCCCAUGCUCUGAAGAGGAUAUCCUAUGCCACCUGUGAUCCUGAUUUCUGCCAGUUUUCAUUCCUGGCCAGAGAACCCAAAGCUAACCUCAGCAUGCAGUUCUGUCAUGCCUUUGUGACCAGUACCAAAGAAGAGGCAGAGGAGCUGAAUGCUAUAGUGGGGAAUGCUUUCAAGAUGGCCUAUGCUCAGGAGAGAGAGAAACAGCCCACUUUUAAUGAAUUGAUAGAACAACAGCUUAUUCAGCAGAAGGCAAAGUUCCAGGAGUACCAGGAGCAGGCCCAGAAGGUGUUCCAACAGAAGCUGGCGGAGAUUGCCACGCCCACUCCAUACUCCGAGAAGGCCAUGCAGCACAUGGAGAUGAGGCGGCAGUCCAGCAGUGACGAUUCCCAGCCCCCGGACAAAGACUUGGGCAGCAAAAAUAAAAUCUGGUUUUCAUUACAACGCAGCCCAGCCAAGGCCAAACAUGCGGUAGAUAAGGUAAAACACAGAUCUCCUAUGAUGGAGUUAGCUGGCCUGGCCCCCCUCAGAAGUGAAUCUCCCUCCAGAUCAGCUAGUCGUCCGGGGUCUGAGGCCCUCAACAACAACGCCCGACUCUCAGACCCAACAGGUGCCGCCCUGAAGAGAAACUCGACCCCCAUAACAUCCAACUCCCCACUGUCCAUCCUCCGGGGGUCCAUCGACACGUCAGGGAGUCCGGGGAAAAGUAAAGGAUCACCGGUGACUGCCCUCAAAGAUGCCAUCGAUAGGGGGUACCUCACCAAUGGAAAUGUUAACCCAGGGGAUGUACAGGACCCCGAGGGCUACCUAAAACCUCAGAACAACAACAAAGGAGAGAGGAAGAUUUCAACCAACAUGGUAAAUCGGCCCCUGCCAGCCAUACCUGCUCAAGUUAACGGACACACACCAACACAAAACGGACACAAAGAUUAUAGCCCAAGACACAACAUGAACCGAAAUUCCAAAUGCUUAAACGAGAUGGACACUAGUCCAAAACAUGAAAGAAUACAAAGUCCUAGACACAAGGGUACCCCAAAACAUAAUGGCCAUAUAAACAGCCCACAGAAACACAAAAACUGGUCCAGUGUUGAUGACAAUGUGUUGAUACCAGAAGUCAGAAAACGAGACCGAGUAAAUGACUCUCCAAGAAGAAAACCUGUGAGACCAAUGAGUGAGGUGUUUACUGACAGCAAGUCUGCAGCAGCCAACCUCUACGGUGAUAGACAAAACCAGUUCGAAGUAUCUAGUUACAUGUAUUCAAGGGGACAGAUGCAAUUUCAUAUUCAUGAUUCUCAUAUUCAUACUAGUCACAGUCAAGGCCAGAUAUCUGGUCAGCAGGUCAAAGGUCAAAACCAGGGUAACCGUCGCCGAGGUGAGGAAGCCAGAAGUAACCAGAAGGUGAUUUUGCGGUACCAGAAUGACAGUCCCUUCCAGGAGGUGGGCUCUUAUGAGAAUCCUGCAGAAGAGGGAGGUUCAGCAUCACAACCCAAAGCACCAGGGUUAGAGUCCCUGAUGGGUCUGGACAGAAGUCAUAUAGAGGAUGAGACAUUACGACAUUCUUCUUGGUACCAGGCCGGAAUCCCAAGAGAGAUAGCCCUUGAGAUUCUACAACAGGAGGAGAUUGGCUCCUUCAUUGUGAGGGACAGCUCCACCCAUCCGGGCUGUUACGCCCUGUCCGUCCGAGUGCCAAAAUUUGAAAAUCCCACAGGAAUAUCUCACUAUCUCAUACUGAAAACACAGAGAGGAGUCAAAUUAAAGGGUUUGGAAAAAGAAUGGCCUGACCUUUUAGCACUAGUGACACAUCACACAGUGAUGGCAGAAAUGUUACCGUGUACAUUAAGACUUCCUCACAAAUCUAAAAAUCCGGCCUACAAGGAUUCGGAGGACGGCAAGAAAGAGGACGACCCAGAUUAUCAGAGACUGUCGGACUUCACGUCCAUGAUGGCCGCUCUCAAAAACUGAAAACACUGUAUCAUUUUCACGUGGGCUAAGUGUAAUCAGAUCAUCAUGUUGUUUAUUUUAUUUAUUUGUUUUGUUGACGUCUGUUCCUGUGGCCUUGUAUGUUAAUAGUUAGCGUUUUGUUUGUGAUGAUAUUCAAUGAGUCAGUAACAGUUUGUCCUUAAACUGUUGUAAGCUGCAAUUUUUUUUGUUUUUUUAUCAUUGGAUUUUUAUCUGCUCACAUGAAUCCCAAAUGGUUGUCUGAAAAUUUCAUUGGGACUUUUACUGCUGAAGUGAGUCACAGAAACAAGUGUCCAUUGUGCCAGAUUUACAUUUUUAAUGUGAACAUCAGAGAUGCUGAAUAAACAGUACGACACAGAAGUCAGCUAUUGAGGGAGAUAACUUUGAAUGUUUACACUUUAUAGUGCUAAUUGUAUUUUUUUAAGGACACAAUUUUGUUCAAGUUACACAACUUCCUGAUUCCUCACAUAAUUCAUAACACAGACUUUGGUUGAAUUUAAAGAUUGUAAAGUAUAAUUUUUAUUUUAAAAUUCAGUCUUACCAUUUUAAUGAACAGACAGGUUAUAUGAAUUUAAAUUAUGGGCAUUCAAUGAUUAGGGUAGACCAAGGCAUUAGUAAUCUUUUUACAUAAUGUACUUUUGAUCGUAAUAAAUUGUCACUAGGGAAAGUUUACAUAUACUAAAUGUUUUAAUCACAUUGAGAGGUUGUUGAAGUAAACAAUUUAGUGGCUUACUGUAUGAACAUUUUUAUGGUGCUUGAUUAAUGUGAAGUGUAUUUUACAAUUCUUAUGUUUAUAGAAUAAAAGUAAUACCAGCAUUGAGUGAUUGAUUUGCAUCAUACACAAUUUUAACUUUGUUUACAAAUAGGUACCCCCCUUUUAUUGAACUGGUUGUAACAAAGUAAUAAUUACUGCCUCUCAGAUUUGGUCAUUCCAUGUUUGAAUCUUCAUGUGCUUGUCUUCCAUGGAAUUAUUUGCAAUAGUGGGUUGCUUGAUUGAACUCAACCAAAGCUUUAUUUUUUAUGUUUGAUGCUGUAGUUUUACUUUUGUGUAUAUAUGAUUGGUAUGAGGCAGUGCACUGAGUUUGUUAGAUAUACAAACUUUGCUUCAGCCUUAGCAAACUGUGAUGCAGGUUUUAUGUAAAAGUUAUUUUGUGAUUCAGAUUUGUUACAAAGUAUUAUGGCAUCUUGCCUUUAAAAUGAAUAUUUAUCAGAAA